CCCCGCCUCUUCCGGCGUCGGCGCCGGGGGCCCAGUAGGCGUAGGGCGGGGGAGGAAAGGCUUCCGGCUAUAAAAAGGGCUUACCCCUCCAGCUCCCGGCCGGGGUGUGAGGGUCUCGGACCUGAGGUGGGGAGGGGCCUUGGGGCGUGACGACCCCGAGCCGCUGCCGCAGGCAUGGAGCAGGAUGACCCGGCUGAAGAGCUGACGGAGCUACGCGAGCGGCCGCUGGGCGCGUUGGCGCUGCUGCAGGUGGCGGCGGGCUCAAGCCUGGCCGCCUACGCCGUGUGGGCGCUGCUGCUGCAGCCGGGCUUCCGCCGCGUGCCGCUACGGCUGCAGGUGCCCUAUGUCGGUGCGAGUGCCCGGCAGGUGGAGCACGUGUUGUCGCUGCUGCGAGGCCGUCCUGGAAAGAUGGUAGACCUGGGUUCUGGUGAUGGCAGAAUUGUGCUGGCUGCCCACAAGUGUGGUCUCCGCCCAGCUGUGGGCUACGAGCUGAACCCGUGGCUGGUGGGGCUGGCAUGGCUGCAUGCCUGGAGGGCAGGCUGUGCAGGCAGUGUCUGCUACCGCCGUGAAAAUCUCUGGAAGGUGAGCCUGAGAGACUGCCACAACGUGUCUGUGUUCCUGGCUCCUAGCGUGCUCCCACUGCUGGAGGACAAGCUGCAGGCGGAGCUGCCUGCAGGAGCCCGUGUGGUGUCAGGGCGCUUCCCCCUCCCCACCUGGCAGCCGGUGGCUGUGGUGGGUGAAGGCCUGGACCGUGUCUGGGCCUAUGAUGUCCAUAGGGGUGGGCUAGCUGGGCAAGUUGCACCAGCACCCACUUCUGCUUCAGUACCUGGGUCCCCCAACUCUCAGUCUGGCUGACUGGACACAAUAAAGAUUUGGUUCCACUCUGA